AUGGGGCGUGGAAUGAGAUUUCUAACUGCGGAGGAGUGGGAUGGACCCUUGUCACCGCUGAAGGAUCUUGGUCUUCUAAUGGCUUUUCUAGGAAUCUGCGACCCGAUUUGCCCUUAUAAUUGCUAUCAAGAACCUGAUUACUACACCCUAUCUCCAUGGUCAUCUCCACAGCCAAGCAAAGCUUCAUCUUCAGCAAUCUAUCAACCAUCUCAAGACCCUUCUUAUUCCACAGAAGCCAUAACCAUCAUCACCGUUACAGGUGUGGCUUUAGCCAUCCUUCUCACAGGAUUCUUUCUUGUAGCUAAAUACGUCACAGAGAGCGUAAACCGAGCCCAUCGCGAAAGACACCAGUCCCAGAGAGAUCUUGGUGACGACACAUCUGAUGAAGGGUUUCAAGUUAGGGAACAAGUGGAUCAUCCAAUAUGGUUGAUCAGAACAACAAGUCUUCAACAAUCGACCAUUAACUCGAUAACAAUAUGUAGUUACCAGAGAGGAGAUGGGUUGAUUGAGAGAACAGAUUGUCCUGUUUGUCUAAAUGAGUUUCAAGAAGACGAAAGUCUUAGGCUGUUGCCUAAAUGUAAUCAUGCUUUUCACAUCUCUUGUAUCGACACUUGGCUUAGGUCACACACCAACUGUCCUCUGUGUCGAGCUGGUAUAGCGAUUAUUAGUCAACCGUGCGCUGGUCCGGUCGAUGUAGCUCCCGGAGGGUCAGGAUCUCGUUUGGAGAACGAUGGAGUUGGAUCCAAAACAGAGACGAACGAGCAAGUUAGAGUUUUGGAGGAGUGUACUAUUGAUUCACUUACGUGUGCAAAAAGCCACAAGGGAAGUAUAGAAUGUCCGGGAGAAUCUAGCGAGAAUGAGAGUCAGAACGCUACCAGACAAGAGAACAGAGUCAUCGGGGAUGAAGCAAGCUGCUCGGAAGCUCGAGCUUCGAUGUCAUCAUGCUUCAAUACGAACAAGAGUUUGAUUUUUCCACUGUAA